AUGAAAAAACGUAUUUUCUUGAAGACUUUGCUUAACAUGGAGAGGCGAUUCUUUUUCAACAGACCCACGAAGGGACAAGUGAAUAAGAUUGUACACGAGUAUUUUUAUUUAGACCAAAAAAUGGACAAAGUGGUUUGUCAUAGCGAGUUAGAUAAGCUGCUACAGGUUGAGCAGCAAGGAGAGCAGCAAAUUUCGCAAGAAACAAAAGGGCAGUGCUCUAAUUUGGAGGAUAAUCACAAUAAAGGGAAGAAAUGGGGAGAAGAAAACAAACACAUGAACGACAAAAAUGUAGAUCACAGAGUGAAGGAGGAAAUUUCACCAAGUGAGGAAGAAAUAUUUCUAAGUGAAAAGCUAAAAGAUGCAGUUAAUAAUUACAUAGGCAAUUAUGUACAUAGCAGUAAAUGCUUUACACACUUAUGCGUAUUUUAUAUAUAUAACAAUGAGAAAAAGAAAUUUUUGGACUUAAUGAAAAAUUUCUCAAAGUACUGUUUUGGGUACGAAGAUCUGUUUAUACUUUUUUAUUUAAUAUGUAAAAUAAACUACAAAAAUGAGGAUAUUCUUCAGAAUAUUUUAAACGUUUUUGAGAUUUACUACUACAAAAUUGACAGCACUUUUUCUUAUCCUAUAUCAGAAUUAUUUUUUGCUCCUCACACCAAUUUAAACACAGCCUUAAAUUCCUUGCCGCUCAUCUACAAAAUCAAACUGCUUAAUGCAGACAGGUGUUUCAACGAAUGGGGUAAAAAUUUUUGGUGCACGUACAAGAUUGGCCAAGGAGGGGGAGAACCGGCAGCAGUGUACAAGGGCAAGGGGAUGCAAAAAAGUGGAGAAACUGCAGGAAAUGGAAAAAGCGAAAAAACUGCAGAAAAUGCAGAAAAUGCAGGAAAUGGAAAAAGCGAAAAAAUUGGAAAGAUUGGAAAAAUCGAAAAUUUCGCGGAAGGGGACACACAAACUGACAGGGCGGAACCCCAGCAAGGGAGGAGGAGAAAGGAGCAUGCAGUAGGGGUAGACGAUAGUGAGGUGGCAAAUAUUCUUGAAAAUUUGCAAGAUGUUGAUAUGGAAAAUUACGAAAAGGAUGUUUCAAAAGAAAGCGUAAAGUUUAUUAAUUUAAAUGUAAAACGUGAGAAGCAGAAAAUGAAAAUGAGGGAAAUGAAGUUUAAAGGACUCAAAUUAAAGUCUACUCUACUAACUCAGAUAAAAAAACAUGUGGAAAAAAUGAAAGAUAUAAAAACCAAAGGGGGUGAAUUAACAGAGGAAAAAAAAAUGUUCGAAAUAAAAGAAAUACUCACCAUUUUUAUUCAUGAUAAGGAAUUGGCACAUAAAAAUAUGUACAUAAAAGACAUGAUUGAAGAUGUUAUAAAAUGCAUAACGAACUAUGGGAACACUCCAAUAUUGUGUAAGAAUAUGCUAACCUUUUUAGUAUUCAUGGAUACACAAAAGUAUCACGCGAAUAAGAAAUUAAAUAAGGCAAUCGAAUUCACACUAGCUGCCCAUAUCGGAAGCAUGGAUGGUUUGUCUGAACAAACAAUAUAUGAUUUUAUAAAUGAAAAGACCAACAUGGAAGAACAUAAUGGAAGCGUUUCUCACACAUAUGAUGUGCUACAUUUCUUGUAUAAUCAAGAUUAUACAUAUAACUUUAACUUGUAUGAUGAAAAUAUUUUUUAUGAAAAUAAAUUUAAUAACGUAACAAAGAGGUUAUUAAAAAAUUUUUUUUUUCUUGUCAGCUACAUGUUAAGAUUGUCAUUUUUAAAGUUACCCAUUUUGAAGUCUUAUUUAAACUCUUUUGAUUUUUUUUUUGCCAUAUUUAUAAAGAAUGAAAACAUUUCUUCUUUUUUCCACAUUGCACACAUUUCUUUUAUUUGCGAAAGUUUUGUCCAACAAAAAAUUAUUGAUUUAAAUAUAACGAAGAAAUUGAUGCAUAUAGUCCAUCAUGAAGUCCAGAAUUUUUUAAAUUAUUUUCAAGAUGGAAAAAUGAACACUCACGAGUAUCAGUGCGUUAAUAAGCGAGGAGAGAAAAAUGCACAUAUUUCAGAAAGCCAAAGUAGCACAGAAAAUUUAAUCUCCGAAUAUUCUUACAUUCUUUUCCUUAAUGAUAUUCUCACAAUACUUCACUUUCUUCAUUUUUUCAACUUGAAUCUUGAGAAGUUGCACACACAACUGUUCACAAUAUGUCUGGGAAAUUUGAUAUAUUUAAACGAUACACAAAAAUUAAUACUCUUUAACUGCAUUGAAGGGAUAAAAAAAAGGACACCCAGUAGUUUCUACAAACCCAUAUUGAAUUAUUUCAUGUAUGAAAAAAAUUUAGAUUUUUUUUUGGCUCGUAAUAAAAAUAUUCAAAAGGAUUCCUUAGGUUUGUUGUUAAUUAAUUAG